AUGAUUGUUAUUAUCAGUAUUCAGAAUGGACAGCUGUUUGUGAAUGGUGUUUAUCGUGGACAGGUCACACCUGAACAACAAGCUCAGAUGAAUCAGUAUAGGACUGAACUUGCCAGGUGGUCAGAAAAUUUCGGGCGAACAAUCCAACAGCAAGUCCAAUCGGAACUCAAUUAUGCGCUUCGGUAUGGUACAGCAGCCACGUAUGCGCCACAGUCCAACGCUCCCGCGGGUCUACCACAAGAACCGGCAUUCUGCAGAGUUGCUUGA